AUGGCGCGGGAGGCCAACGCGGAGCUGGCGCGCUCCGUGGCGGAGUGGCGCAGGCAGAGCUUCCGCCACCCGGAAUCGCAGGCCGUGGUGGUGCUGGCGGCGGAGACUGCGCGCAGCCGCGACUGGUCGGCGGAAGAUCACAGUCGCAGCUUCAGCUGUGGCGACCUGGGCGAGUACGGGCCGCCAGACGCCAGCCAUGGCGGCUGCAGCGGCCGUUUUGACCCAAACGGCCGCGAAAAUAGCUCGGACAGAGAUGGCGCUCCGCCGCGGAAGAGCGAACAGGCGUCAUGUUCUCCUUCAGGUGCCUCAGGUGUCCCGCCAGGUGCCUCAGCAGGUGUCCUAGCAGGUGGCUCAGCAGGUGCACCACGAGGUGCUCCUGCACGUUCCUCCUCGUCUGGUGCCUCGUGCAAGCCUGGGCAUCGCCGUGGGGUGAGCGUGAAUGCGCUUCCUGAGCUCUGCCCCUAUCCCCCUGUCGAUUGGCGCUGGGUACCCUCUCCUGAACCUGCUGCCGCCUCACACUGCGCUGCUGCCGCCGCCUCACACUGUUCUGCUGCUGCCGCCACACGAUGCCCUGCUGCUGCCACACGCUACCCUGCUGCCCCCAGUAGCUUCUGCACUGCCCCUCCCAGCGGCGCCACCUCCCCGGCAAUCUCCCCCCUCUCGCCUUCCUCUCGUUUCCUCUCCUUCACAACUGCUCUCCAGAUUUUUCGCCUUGUCUCCCGACAGCAACCACGCACACCGGCCGCAGCAGCAGGGGCAGCAGCAAGGGGAGAAGGGGCUGUGCAAGCCUUAACCAGUGUUGUCCACAAGAUUGGGGAAGCUGGGAGGGGAGCUGGAGGGCAGGAGGCAGGUGCCGUGGGGAAGAAGCAAAGGAACGGGUCGUUGCAUGGAGCAAGGGCUCGGUGGUUGCCGCCUGUCUCCGCUGCCCUUCAUAGAUGCUUUUCCUAA